AUGUUUCCCGAUAAAGUCGACAAGAUGGUGCUUGAUGGAGUGUUGAAACCGCGUGAAUACAUCGCCGGCAGCGACAUACAACAAACUGCAUCCACGGAGGCUGUACUCGACGGACUCAUCAGCGGUUGCGUCUCAAGACCAGAUCUCUGCCCCAUCGCAAUCCGCCCGACCGACCAGAAGAGCCUGCAAGUGCAAAUCUACGACUUGUUCGACUCGAUUGACACUGGGCCGUACAUAAUCGAUAACACCACUUCCCCGCCAACUAUUCUCGACUCUAAGACCCUCCACGCUGCCGUAAUCGCUCCGCUAUACGCGCCGCCGCUCUGGCCCAUACCGGGCGACUUCUUCGACGCCGUAGAGCUCCGCAACGUCACGAAGUACUCGCUUCUGCUACCAACUCUGACCGGCGCUCUCAGAGGUCCGUCCGUCAAGCCCGCCAUCCGCUGCUCCGACACCAGUCUCCACAGCACAUCACCCUAUCCCGAGCCCGCACGUAUAUCUCGAGCCCUGUUGGCCCAAAGUCCCCGCCUCGCCGGGCAAGUCACCACCGCGCAGACACUGCUGUGUCCACAAUGGCCGUUCCAAACGAAAGGACGCUACCAGGGCGACUUCAACGUCACGACCAAGAAUACGACCCUCUUUGUGGGCAACAUUUUUGACCCCAUUACGUCUUUGGCGGCUGCAAGGAAUGAGAGUGCCACGUUCAAGGGGAGUGGACUUCUGAUCCAGGACGGUUAUGGACAUACCUCGACGGCUCAACCAUCGAAUUGCACGACUGCGGCGAUUGCAGCGUACUUUGUCAAUGGGACGCUGCCUGUGGAUGGGACGAUUGAUCAUCCCUUCGCUUUCUCUUACGCACGCCUAUGCACUAAGCCCCACGAACCGGCCCUCCAUCCCUCUUCACAUACCGCUCGGUAUAGCACUGGUCGUCAAAAGGGUGGCCUCCACCGAGACCGUCUCGACGGCAUAAUCGUCGUGUGCUCCGAGCCAGCGCUCGCGAAGUUGUUGGACUGCCGCUGGUCCGGUGAGGUGCAAGCCGAAAAAGUGAUCGAACCAGACGAUCUGGUCGGAGUAUAUGGCGAGGAAGUCGUUGACGGGUAG